AUGACCUCACAGGGAACAUUUCUAGAAAACUAUGCCACUAAGGAUAACGAUUCACUAAGGAGCAAAAUGUUGUCAAUUGCAUCGUUAAUGAGCGGGAACAGUUCUACGAAUUCUAUUUCCAGCAAAGAGAAGGAAAGAUUUGGCUUAAGGAAGCUAGCUAGGUCUUAUUUGAAGGCCAGCAACAGGGCAGAAAAGCCGGUGAAUAAGACUGAGAACCAGGACAACAAUGAAGUAUCAGGUGCUCCAUAUGCAAAGAAGAUGCUAAUAGGAAAAAUCCAUACCAAGAGUGGGACUAAAAUCUAUCUUGAUACCAAUAAAUCACGAGAGUCGCUCCUGAUCAGAAAGCACCAUUCCCACGAGGCUUCCGAUGAAGAUGAGUCCAGUGUACCGCAGUUGAAAUACGACGGCGACUACGACCCUGUCCUAGGCAAACUCCUGAUAAACUCAUCCUCAGAAGAAGAAGACUCCGAAUGGUUGGAAUCUGGAUUGCAAGAUAAAUGUUUAGUUGUACUCCGUGACUUCCCUACGGGUACUGGAUUGAAAAGCGUGUUGAACCAGGUUCAAGGCGGCGCGUUGAAGCAUAUUACACCCCAGUACAAGAAGGAGACAAACCAGUUGAAGUCUGUGGAGUUGGAAUUUCUCUGCCCUGAAGAUGCGCAGCAUUUUAUGGAGUACGGAAGACAUGCAGUAUUCCAAAUCAAUGGCGUGCACCUCAGGCCGCGGUGGGGAAUCCAGUCGUUAAGCGAGAAUUUCGAGGCCUCGCUAAACGCCAACCAAAGGGACAGACUUAACUUGUACGCGCCCUCUAGCCGCUGCCUAUUGUUGAAAAAGCAGGGAAGUAAGAAUCCUAAGCACUCCACUUGUCACUAUCCAUCCCCAAGAUCGCACAUUUGUGACUUGAAUGUCCAGGAACUAAAGAAAGACUUUAGCCAGUUCGGCAACAUUCUAGACAUCUCGCCGAUGAUCUCGCGGAAGCUCUGCGUCCAAAUCAACUUCUAUGACAUCAAGAGCGCGAUGGAUGCACUACAGUCCUACAAAAACGCCAAUUCACCAUUGAACCGUAAAUAUGCUGAGUCAUGGACUAUCGGAUAUGGUAAAGAUAUCACAGACAAACCUUGUGUUCAUGUAUGA